AUGUCGCCCAUAUUUGUUUGUGACAUCCAGGCUAAUUCCGGCUAUUUGCGGGAUCCACUAAGCUUAGGAAACAGGUCUUUAAUGGCGCGAGUUAAAGUUACUGCUGAGAAGAAGGGCAAGAAGAGAAAGGAGGCGGUGGUCGAUGGGGUGGAGAAGACCAAGAAGGCUAAAAAAGAAAGAAAAGAAAGGGAUGCUAAUAAGGAGAGUUUAUCUCUCUUGGCUGUCCCGCGCCAAGUGCAGCUGAAGGUGAAGAAGGGCAAGGUUGAGGAGGAGGCGAAGAUUGCUGCGAAGAAAGCGAACGAAACGAAGGAGGUCAAGGCGAAGAAGGAGAAGAAGAGAAAGAAGGGGACGGAGACCGCGGAGAUUAUAGAGAAGAAAGAAAAGAAGGAGACGAAAGAAGUUAAGAAGGGGAAAAAGGGUGAGGAGACGACGGAAGUAACAAAAAGGACAGGAAAUAGAGAGACGACGGAAGAGAUGAAGGGUAACAAGAGGGAGAAGCGGGAGUUGAAGGAGGCAAAGCAAGUGGUAGUGAAAAAGAAGGUUAAAGACGUGAAAACGGAGAAGAAGGGAGCGACGGACGGGGAGAAGGGGAAGAAGGAGGAGAAGGGGAAGAAGAAGGAGAAGGGGAAGAAGAAGGAGAAGGGGAAGAAGAAGGAGAAGGGGAAAGAGGGAGAGAAGACCGGCAAGAAGGGGAAGAAGGGCAAAGAGGAGGUGAAGGAGGAAAUUAGUGAUGAGGAGAUGGAGGAGGCGAGUGAGGAAAAGAGUGAGGAAGAGAGUGUGAAAGAGAGUGAGGAGGAGAGUGAGGAGGAGGAGGAGGAGGAGGAGGAGGAGGAGGAGGAGGAGGAGGAGGAGGAGGAGGAGGAGGAGGAGGAGGAGGAGGAGGAGAGUGAAGAGAAGGAAGAGGAAGAUAAGAAAGUUGUAAAGGAGGUCGCAGCGAAGGAGGAGCGCAAUGAGGAGGAGGAGAGUAGUGAUGAGGAGGAGGACAGUGAGGAGGAGGAAGAGGAAAAGAGUAAAUUAGUGAAAAAGGAGAUCAGUGAGGAGGAGGAGGAUAGUGAAGAGGAGAAGGAGAGUGAGGAGGAGGAAGAGAGUGAGGAGGAGGAAGAGGAAGAGAAGAAAGUUGUAAAGGAGGUAGCGGCGAAGGAGAGCAGUGAGGAGGAGGAGGAGAGUAGUGAUGAGGAGGAAGAGGAGGAGGAGGAGAGUGAGGAGGAGGAAGAGGAAGAGAAGAAAUUAGUGAAAAAGGAGGAGAGCAGUGAGGAGGAGGAGAGUAGUGAUAAGGAGGAGGUGGAGGAUGAGGAGGAGAGUGAGGAGGAAGAGGAAGAGGAAGAGAAGAAAUUAGUGAAAAAGGAGGAGAGCAGUGAGGAGGAGGAGAGUAGUGAUAAGGAGGAGGUGGAGGAUGAGGAGGAGAGUGAGGAGGAGGAAGAGAGUGAGGAGGAAGAAGAGAAGAAAGUAGUGAAAAAAGAGGAGAGCAGUCCGGAGGAGGAGAGCAGUGAUGAGGAGGAAGAGGAGGAGGAGGAGAGCGAGGAGGAGGAGGAAGAGGAAGAGGAAGAGGAAGAGACGACGAAAGUAGCAAAAAAGGAAGAGGAGAGUAGUGAUGAGGAGCAGGAGAGCGAGGAGGAAAAGAAAGUCGUGAAAAAAGAGGAAAGCAGCGAGGAAGAGAGUAGUGGAGGUGACAAGAGUGAGGAGGAGGAAGAAAACGCGAAGAAGUUAAAUGUGAAGGAGACCAAGAAGAGGGAGGGGGGACAGCAGCAGCAGAAGGAGCAGCAGAAGGAGCAGCAGAAACAGCAGGAGGAGCAGCAGCAGCAGAUUGUAUGGCAGGCGACGCCUGGCAAGGUACUGGGUGGGCGGCAGUGCUUGGAAUAUCUCGUGUAG